ACGAGCUGGCUUCCUCGGGCCCAACUGAUCGGUCAACAUAGAAUUCAGAACUAGUACUAGAGCUAUCUUUGAUAAUGAUAAAGUGACGUCGAAACCAGAACCAAGAUGGCGCCGCUCAUGAAGGUUACAAAUGUCACCGAAAAUGCCAGAUCAAAAUCAAGCUAUACCAUGAAAGUUUAUCGUGAGUUCAAACCUUUCUUCUGCAUAAUACUGACGAUGUCUGUACCCACUCUCACCGAAGGCUCUGACAUCAAUCCAUUUCAGCCAUAUUAUGGAGAGCCAGUGAUAGGACUGAGAACCUGUCCUGGGUUGUACUGCGGCCGUCAGCAGAUCUUCAAUAACACUUACAUUAAUAAUGACGCGUAUGGAUCAUGUGGGGCUUGUCCACGUGGUAAUCGCAGGAACAAUGAAUCGAUCUGCGUGCCUUGUACGUCAUCUCCGAUAGUGUACGACUGGCUGUAUAUUGGAUUCAUGGUUGUUCUCUCGCUUGGUCUGCAUCUAUUUUUCAUUGACUUCUUCUCCAAAGGAUACCGUAUCUUGAUACUUCUUGGAGCUGCAAUUGUAGAAUGCAGUGGAGCGGUUAUUCUAACACUACUCCUGAUUGAGCCUAGAGGUCAACUACAGAUACACACCUGUGGGGUACAAAUGCUAUCGGACUGGUAUACCAUGCUCAACAACCCGACUCCAGACUACACAAAUACACUACACUGCACACAAGAGGCUGUUUAUCCAUUGUACACCAUUAUCUUCAUUAUCUACUCAUUUGAGCUUCUACUGAUGAUGUUAUUCAGACCUAUCCUCUCGGUUAAACUUUGUAAGAACCAGGGCAGAAACUCCAUCUACGCUGCCCUCUACUUCCUGCCGGUACUCGUCCUAUUUCAUGCAGUGUUUGCCGGCUUAGUAUACUACUCCUUUCCCCACAUACUGAUAAUCACAUCCCUUGUGACGCACGCCAUCCAUUUCGCUUAUUCUGAAAUUGAGAGCCCAAAGAAGCUUAUUUCCAAGACACGUCACCUGGUCAUUCUUCUUGCCCACUGGCUGUGUCAUGCCUUCGGUAUCAUCUCGCUGACGAGACUUGCCAAUCCAUCCUUCAACCUGCCAAUGCUCUCAUUGGUUCUCUUGCCAGUAGUGUUCUACCUCUCAACGGAAAAGUUCACCGAGCCGUGCCGAAUCCAGUCGGGUGAGGUGUGAACAUUGUCCAAGACGAAACUAGGUGUACAUAGCAGACUUCAUAUUUAUGGAAACUAAGAGUGGGCUAUGACUACACUAAUUGUCCAAGAUGGACCAACAUGUAGGUGGUAUAGCUCAUAAAAACUAAGAGUGGACGAAACACAAUGCUAACAGCAAGUCUAUGUUGGAUGCGACUGCGUUUAAAAAACAGGUUUCUUCAUGAUAUAAGCCAGAAAAGAAGACCGCUUUGUAUGUUCUGUGGGAGCAUACGUGUGUUUUGGAGCCCAGACCAUCAUUCUUUAUUGAAGCAGCUCUAUUCAACAGUCGUAGAGCUGUGCGAAUUGGAGCUGAUAAAGAAGUUGGCAUCUUGCUUAUAAAAAUUAACAUCUGCAAGUAAACAUUUGUUUUCAUUCAAAAACACUUAAUUGCCCAACCCUAACCAUACAACCUUCUUUUUUGCCAAAAUGAAGGAUUAAGAAAUACUGAGGAAGGAUUAAGAAGAACUGAGGGCUGUAACAAUAGCUUGUUCACAGGGCCAGGCAUUUUAAUGUUAUCCAGGUCCAAACAAUUUGGUUUGGAGUGACAGAGGAGAAGAGGAAACGUGAGGAUUGAGAUCAUGUUAUGCAGGCAAGUGGGCCUAGAGAGUAAUUAAAAAUAAAGUUAAAGUUAAAUUAAGGUUUCAAAAAAGAAUGAUUGGUGUACAAAAUGUACUUACUCCUCAUCAUAUGACAUCACACUUGAUGCUCCUGUGACCAUAAUCCUUUAUUCAUUAAUACCUCAAACAGUUUUGCUAUUCCUAUUGGUGGAGAGCGCGCUACGUGGGGGUGUUUAAACCUUUGAUAAUGACCAGUGUUUAU